AUGCUGAAUGCCGACACACCGAAGGAUGUGUUGUCCACCGCUUACUACGGAUACGACGCCCUAUUGCUGUCCAAAAUGGCCAAAGCCUUGGGUCGGACUCAAGACGUGAAACGUUAUGGAGAUCUCCACCAAAAUAUUGCAAACGCUUUUGUAAAGGCUUUUGUCAAUACAACUGACGGUCGUAUGAAAGGCGACACUCAAACUGAUUAUGUGAUCGCAAUUGCAUUUGAAAUGUUGCCCAAAAAUCGACAGCCUUUGGCGGCAAAUCAUUUCUGCAUAUUCUUUGUGUUGGAAAAUAUUUUGAGCGCACAAUACAUAGUGUUUGUGUGGGAAGUGAUUGAAAUGCAGUGGAAAGUAAGCACCGGUUCCUACAUAUACUCAGACCUAUUGAUGGAGUCGAGAGCCGCACAACUGGAGGGACUCAGUGUUAAUGACAGCCACUGGCCAUCAGUGGUCACUAAACCCAUAGACAAAAACGUGGCUCUCGUGGCCGAUAGGGCUGAACCGGUUCGGGCGAUACAAGUGCUCGAACCUAAGACUAACACGAGAAAUAUGGUCGGUUGGGUUCAAAUACAAAUGCCUAAAGCAUAUGACGCGAGUCGCGUGCAGUUAAGACACGCCGAGGCCCUCAACCCUAACGGAACCAUUUAUGUACUAAACCUGCGCUCGGCUUUGGCCACCGAUACAUACGUGUUGGACAGCAUGAAGCAGAGUAGUGUAGGAAAAUGGUCCCCCGAGGCCAACCGUACGACAGAGCUAUCACUUGAGCCGCAUUUUACAACCCAUAGCUUUCGCUACGUUGAGGUCACGGGAUAUCCGGGAGAACCGCCGCUAUCGGCCAUUAAGGGUAUUGUUAUCCAUUCAGACACAGCAUUCAAAUCACACUUUGAGACCUCAAACAAAAUGACUGUCCGCAACGGGACGAGAGGCUGGGCUGGACGGGAAACGCAGAAGUUGUUCGCCCAUACGGCCACUUAUAACGCCGAUGUGUCCGCCCUUUACACCAAAUGGUUGCGUAACUUACGGAACUCCCAGUCAUCAGAGGGUGGAUAUCCUAAUGUGGCGCCCAAAGUGUGGGGCCGGACAACAAUGGGCAACGGGUCGCCCGCUUGGGCUGACAUUGCGGUGAUAUUGCCGUACACUCUGUGGCGACAGUACGAAGACAUUCAGGCCAUUGAAGACAGUUAUGAGUCAAUGAAACGCUAUAUGUCUUAUAUCGGCGCCGAAAACCCAGACUUUCUGUGGAGGAAGAGAGUCGGCACUAAUUAUGGCGAUUGGCUUCAAGUGAAUGCCAAUACACCCAAAGAUAUGUUGUCCACCGCUUAUUACGGAUACGACGCCCUAUUGCUGUCCAAAAUGGCCAAAGCCUUGGGUCGGACUCAAGACGUGAAACGUUAUGGAGAUCUCCACGAGAAUAUAGUCAACGCUUUUGUGAAGGCUUUUGUCAAUACAACUGACGGUCGUAUGAAAGGCGACACUCAAACUGAUUAUGUGAUCGCAAUUGCAUUUGAAAUGUUGCCCAAAAAUCUUCAACCGUUGGCCGCAAAUCAUUUGGCUUUUGUCAAUACAACUGACGGUCGUAUGAAAGGCGACACUCAAACUGAUUAUGUGAUCGCAAUUGCAUUUGAAAUGUUGCCCAAAAAUCUGCAGCAAUUGGCGGCAAAUCAUUUGGUGGACAAUAUUAAAGCACAUGACUAUCAUCUGACCACCGGUUUUAUUGGUGUGGGCCAUCUGUGCCCAACACUCACUCAAUUUGGUCACUCGGAUGUGGCGUAUCGUCUACUACUGCAGGACACGUACCCCUCGUGGGGCUAUAGUAUUAAAUAUAACGCCACCACUAUAUGGGAGCGAUGGGACGGUUGGACCAAUGAGAAAGGUUUCCAGAAUCCACAGAUGAAUUCAUUCAAUCACUACUCUUUGGGAUCAGUCGGUCGAUGGCUCUACCAAUCAGUGGCCGGUAUUGACACCGACAACGAAGAGGUGGGAUUCAAAGGGAUUAUAAUCGCACCGAAACCGGCCGCCGGUCUCACGUCAGUGAAAGCCCACUACCCGUCCAUUAAUGGUCUGAUAGGCAGUGCGUGGGAAACAAAUGGCGUUAAUAUCACUUUAACGGUUGAUAUACCGGUCAAUACAAAAGCGGUGAUUGAUUUAUCUUUUUUGAAAACCCCUGCCGUCCAUAAUGUGGGCUCCGCAUAUCUCAUACAAUGUUUGAUAUUCACAACAACUUCGGCCGACUCUGAUAUACAGGCCGUAGAUCUGAAAGUUGAAUAUCUGGUCAAUCCAUUGGCUGUAGACAUACCUCAGCCCCGACUUCAAUGGACACUACAAGCGUUGAAUGAGACGAAACAAAAUUUGUCGCAAAAAGCUUAUCAAAUACUUGUGGCCACUGAUCGGCAAAGUCUGGACAAAAACAUUGGUAAUCUGUGGGACAGUAAGAAAGUAGUGAGCGAUCGGAGCAAUCAUAUUAAAUAUGGCGGCACUCCGUUGAAGGCCGGGAUGAGAGCCUAUUGGAAAGUGAAUGUAUGGGAUCAGAAUGACCGCGUGCUCGACAAACAUCCGGGUCAUAUCGGUUUCUGGGAUAAAGGCUUGGAUACGAGUGAUUGGACGGCUCAAUGGAUCGGCGCUCCCAAAGGCACACAACAACAGGCACUGCAAAAUUUGUCUGAUAUUGAUGCAAAUUUGACCCAUCAUCUGCCUGGUUUAGUGCCGGUGCUAUACCUCCGCAAAAGUUUCGCAACAAAUUCAAAAGUAAAAUCGGCUAAACUGUACGCCACAGCGCAGGGCGUGUAUAAGUUGGCCAUUAAUGGCCGAAAUAUUAACAAAACAGUUCUGGACCCGGGAUGGACUGACUAUAACAAGACUAUUCAAUACCAGGCCUAUGAUGUGACCGUCCAGUUGGCGGCCACAAACACUAUAAGCAUAUUGUUGGGCACCGGUUGGUACGGAGGCUAUGUUGGGAUGAACUAUCAGUAUAACAUAUUUGGUUGGGAUCAGCACAUGUUGGUUGAGUUACGGAUUGAAUACGAAGACAAGACUACGGCUGUUGUCAAGUCCGACAACACGUGGAAAGUAAGCACCGGUUCCUACAUAUACUCAGACCUAUUGAUGGGUGAAUUGUAUUACGAAAGUCGAGAGCCGCAGAACUGGAGAGACUCGACGUAUGACGACAGCCACUGGCCAUCAGUGAUCACUAAACCUUUAGACAGGAAGGUAGCUCUCGUGGCCGAUAGAGCCGAGCCGGUUCGGGCAGUACAAGUGCUCGAGCCUAAGACCAUACAAGAAAGUCAACCCGGCGUUUGGGUAUUUGAUUUUGGCCAGAAUAUGGUUGGUUGGGUUCAAAUCCAAAUGCCUAAAGUAUAUGACGCGAGUCGUGUGCAGUUAAGACACGCCGAGGCGCUCAACCCUAACGGAACUAUUUAUGUAUUGAACCUGCGCUCGGCUUUGGCCACCGAUACAUAUGUUUUGAAUAAGGCCAACCGUACAACGGAACUAUCACUUGAGCCUCACUUUACAACCCAUGGUUUCAGAUAUGUUGAGAUAAUGGGAUAUCCGGGAGAACCGCCGCAAUCGGCCAUUAAGGGUAUUGUUAUCCAUUCAGACACAGCAUUCAAAUCACACUUUGAGACCUCAAACAAAAUGGUCAAUCAGUUGUACUCAAACAUCAAUUGGGGUCAAAGGGGAAACUUUUUGUCGGUCCCGACAGACUGUCCGCAAAGAGAUGAGAGACUUGGCUGGUCGGGAGACGCAGAGAUCUUUGCCCAUACGGCCACUUAUAACGCCGAUGUGUCCGCCUUUUACACCAAAUGGAUGCGUGACUUACGGGACGGACAGUCAAAAGACGGCGGCUUUCCAGAGGUGGCGCCCCGUGUGGUCGAU